AUGCCAGACCAACCUGAUGAGCUACCCACGAGAUGGGAAGUGGAACUUGAGUUCGUCCAAUCGUUAGCAAAUAUUCAAUAUGUCAAUUUCCUAGCGCAGAACGACUACUUCAACGAUCCUUCGUUCAUCAAUUACCUCGAUUACUUAAACUAUUGGAGAAGCCCUAAGUACGCUAAGCACUUGGUCUACCCUAACUGUCUUCAUAUUUUGACGCUACUACAGAACCCAGACUUUCGCAAACAAAUCACAAAUCCCGAGCUUAUGAACAGUCUAAUGAACGAUAUGGUCAAAAAGUGGCAAGGCCUGGAGGAGAUUAUUUCAAAGCCUGAGGAGAGUGAAGGCAAGGAUACUCUGGGAGAUCCAAAUGGAGAGACUAAUCCUCAUACAAGUACACAGCCAGAACAGAAGGACACUAAUGAAGGAAGCCAUGUAUCAUAA